AUAAGCACGCACUGCGAGAGAAAUAUGGCGGACAUUCCGAAAUUGCGUAUUGUGUGAUUCAUAAUAUAUCACCUGAGUAAGCAUCAACAAUCAACAUGCCUCCCUUGGCGUGGGACCGCGUCAUGGCGGCGGAUGCCUCAAAGCUGUCUGAGGAUGAUGCUGAUGCCUUCUACGAGAUGUUGAGUGAGGGCGAUGUUGGCGGGGAGACAGAUGCGGGGAAGCUGCAGCAGCUGUUCAAGGUGACGAAGUCGGUGAUGAUGAACCGCAACCAGCAGUGUGAGGAGAUGAUAGAGGAGAUGGAGAAGGAGACAAAGGCUGCCAAGAAGAAAGAGCAGGAGAUGGUCAAUGAACAGGACAAGUUGAAGAAGGAGAUCAGUGACUUGAAGAAGUUUGGUGGGGAUGGUGGUGGUGGUGGUGGCGGGACGACCCGUGACACGCGGUACUUGCGGGAGGAGAUCCGGGAGUUGGAGGAACACAACCAGCAGAUGAAGGAAGAGGUCAAGGAUCUCCAGAGAGAUCUCACGAAUGAGAAACGAGCAGCAGAGAAGUACAGUGAACGGAUCAGUGAGGUGGAGAAGGAGCUGAAGGAACUGCGUGAUGAGAACGACCAGAUGCGGCAGGACAUCAGCGACUACAAGAUGCAGAUGCAGUCCCAGAGAGAGAACCUGGUGUCUCGGCGCGGGGAUGACCUGGAGUUCCGGGAGAAGCUCCAGAGGAAGAACCAUGAACUGGCCGAGGCGAUGGAGGAACUCCAGAAUCUGACCGAUGCUAAUGACACCCUGGAGAAGCGUUGCGGGGACCUACAGCACCAGAUGGAGGAUGCCAUCACACAGAUGGACAGGACCUCAGAGGAUUACCUCAAACUCAAGGCUGUCCUGCAGGAGACUGACAACGUGACAGAUAAACUCCGACAGGAGAACGAGAUUCUGAACGCACAGGUGUCGGAUCUGACUGAGCAGGUGCAGUCACGCGGAGAGUCGGAUGAUGCCAUUAUGGUUGCCGUCAACAACAAGAUCGAGGAAUGGAAGGUGCUGAUGGGGGAGAAGGAUCAACAGGUCGGGGAGCUUCAGGACCAGGUAUUCAAACUGCGGGACCAGCUGAUUGCGGCCAACAUGGACACUGACAAGGCCUCGGUGGCUGCUCUCGGACAGGUCCUGAAGGAGAAAGACAAGCAGAUCGAGGAGCUGACGGAGAAAGUGAAUCAGUACAUAUACGAGAUGGACAAGAACACCGCCAUCAUUGACGACCUGCGUGAGGAGCUGCAUCGAGCGGGCAGUGGGCCAGGAGACCGCAUGCAGACCAAGGUGCGAGAGCUCCAGAACACCCUCAAGAGUCAGAAGGAGCAGCAGAGAGACAUCGUGAAGGAUGCCAAGAAGGCUGAGGAAGAUGCUCGGAACAAAGACAAGGAAUUGAAUGAGGCUCUGGAAAGAAUGAGGGAAUAUGAGGCUGGAUAUGGAUUAGUGGAGGCUGUGGCGGAGAUCAAGGAAUUUAAGAACCAGGUCAAGGUCAGAGACAGACAAAUUGAGGAGCUGACUCAGCACAUCAACAAAGCCGAGCUGAAGAUUAAUGACAUGUUGGAUGAGAAUGAGGAGCUCCGCUAUCGGCUGAAGCUGGAUCCCAAGGAGCCUCUGGAUCUCACAGAGUUCCGCAAGAACAAGGCCAUCAGACAGGAGGAGGCCAAGGCCCUUAACUUCCAGCUCCAGAAUGAGAUUGAAGUCCUGGAAGAAGAGAGAAGGGUCCUCAAGAACAGACUGAGGAAGAUGGCGCAGCAAACAGGGCAAAGAGCGGUGGCGUUAGGGCUGACAGCGGAGGACAUGUUGGCUGUUCAGGACUAUCAGGAAGAGUUGAAGGUCCGCAAGACACAAGGUCAGCCGAUCUCUACAGCAGCUGCCAUCUUGAGAGAGGUGGAAAGAAGGGAAAGCAGCAUAAGGGAUGAGGAGCUGGGCAAGGAGUACAAGCAGAACGUGCGGGAGAUGAACAACAUGGAGGAUGAAGUGGCUCACCUCCGUGCACAGAACAAGGAGAUGGCGCAGCACAACCGGGUCCAGGAGGAGGCCCUCAAGGAGCUGAUGGAGGCCGUCAGGCAGCAGCCUCCAGGUUCUGCCCGUGAUGGGGUAAAGUCCCACCUUGGACAGUUCCCCAGUAUAGACAGGAUGCUGGCAGCUAUUGAGGCUAAGAAGGUGAUCGGUUCUUAUGACACCUCGCUGUACCUCAAAGAACAAGUGGAUGUACUGCGAGGUCGUAACGACGAGCUCCGCAAUGAACUCCGAGAAUCUCGUGUGGAAGGGAACAAGAACCGGAUGGAGCGAGACAAGGCGUUUGACAAGAUAGAACGGAUGGAGAAGGACCACCAGGCCUUCCAGGAGUCUGGCGUCGCCCCUGGGGCAUUCAAGGCCCUCCCCCUCCCUGAGGGCAUGGCAGUGACCAGCACUGAGAUCAUCGCUAGCCUCAACGAACAUCUCGUGGUGGUGCUUCAGGAGAUGGCACUGAAGGAGGAGAGCAUGAGGAAGAUGGAUGUGUCGCUGGAGAACUACAAGCGCAAGUUUGCCGUGAUGAGACACCAGCAGGGGCUCGUGUACCAGGAAUUCCUGGCAUCAAAGAAGGAGUGGGAGGGAGAAUGUGACAAGUUGAAAGAUCAGCUGAAGAAAGUCCAUGGAGAAAGAGAGGAGGAUUCUGUCCGCAUCCAGGAAUUUGAUAGGCUGGUGGACACACUAGGCAAGGAUGACGUGGAGGUGAGGCGCCGUCUGGCAGACAUGACCAGGAAGAUCACAACACUCCGCGUCAAUGAGAAGGCGCUGACACGGCGCUACCAGAUCAUGGAGGAGAUUGACACCAGGCUUAGAAAGGAAUUACAUCAACAGAGGAAUGAGAUCACCCAGAUACAAUCUGCCAUCUCUGAGAGGCUAGGCUACCUCUCCAGGUUCAAGGACAUGUCAACCUUCAAGAUAACCCAGCUGCAGAAGACUCUGGAAGACUCAGUGCCGCAGAGCGACAUGGACAAGAUGAACCGGCGCUACCAUGAGUUGACAGAGAAGUACCGCGACCACCUGGAGAAGGGCAAUAACCUGGUGUCUAAAGCUGAGGCCCUCACUGGACUUGAGGCAGAAGUGAAGCGAUUAACAAACGACAAUGAGGAGAUAAAGACAACACUGAGUCUGGAGAAGGAGAAGCUACAUGCUCUGGAGGCGGCCAUGGAGGAACUACAUAGAAGAGGUGUGACAGAGGGCAUGGAUGUGAAGGUGACGGAUGGGGACAUCAUCUCCAUCUCCAAGAAGAUCACGAUGCUGGAGAUGAAGGAGCUGAAUGAGAGGCAGCGGGCGGAGCACGCAGUUCGGAUGUACGAGCAGCAGAGAGACAUCCUGCGGGAACUGGAGACUCGAAACAAGGAGCUGGAGGACAAGUUCUCUGAGGUUACAAAGCUGAAUCUUGAGAUGCAGAAAACCGAGAGAGAUUUACGAGAUGAACUUUCAGAUUCUGUGAUGAAGUCUGUGAGUGAUGCAGACAGGAAGAAGAUAUCCCAGCUGGAGGAGGGUGAACUGACACUCAAACACGAGAUCUCCAAACUCAAGGAAGUGGCUGAAGUGGCGACAUCACAGCUGAAGAUCUACGAGACACAACAAGUGUCACAUGACAAGGAACUGCAGUCCCUACGGCAACAGCUUCUGGACUUUCAGAUGCAGAGUGAUGAGAAGACCAUCAUAGGUAAGCUGCACCGCACCAUCGUGCAGCUGCAGGUGAGCGAGGGCACGGCCGUGAGGAGGUGCGAAGAGGCCAAGAAGAAGGUGACAAAGCUGGAGGCCCACGUGUUGCGAGGGGAACACAGGAUCGAUGACAAGAACCAGACCAUACAGCACAACCGGGCUGAGGCCCAGAACAAGGCCAGGUACCUGAAGAGGAGCCUGAACGAACUGCGGUUGCAGUUUGCUGGCGCCGUGCCGCUGUCCAAGCAGGAGAAGUUCUCCAAGAACAUGAUGCAGUUGAGGCAUGACAAGACAAAGCUCGAGGAAGAUCUAAAGGGGGUACGGGAUCACCGCGAGGGCAUGCGGGACAAGGUGGCGGAGCUGAACCUGCAGAAGGAGAGUCUCCAGGAGCUGAUCUCCACGCUGAAGGAUGGGCGUGGAGCUGCCAAGGUGCUGGAGUGGCACUCCAAGAUUGAGACAGUUCGUCUGGAGGAGCUGAAACAGAAGAGACUCAAUGCUAAACUACAUAAACAGAUCAAGUACCUGGAAGGAAUCAUCCAGUCUCAUGAACUGACCAUAGCCGACUUCGAGGCUGACAAUGUUAGAGUCAUCAAGGACUACGAGGAGAGACAGUUGAGAUGGGAGCAGAGAGAGGUGGAGCUGGAGAGAACAGUCAUCAGUCUGGAGAGACAAGUGGAGGAGAUAGUUGGAGCUGCAUCCAGGUUUGAGCAGGCGGUGGGCAGCCUCCCCGACUCCAACCUCCCCAUAUCCAGCCAGCUGGAACAGGCCAUUUCCACCAUCAAGGGCAACGUCAAGACCAUCCUUGACACCAAGGCCGAGUCCAAGACACUCAGACAGAGGAACGGUGACCUGGAGAAGCAACUGCGGGAUGCUGAGCGAGCCAUCAUCGAGCGUGACAGACUGGUCGCGGAACUGAGACUCAGGAUGCCAGCUACUGCUGACCGUGAUGAGAUCAUCCUCAAGGCUACGUCCAAGGUCACAACAGCCAUGAAAAAAAGACCGGAAGAUCAUGACUUUGAGAGUCAACAAGCACUGAAGAUCGCCCAGUCUACCAUGUCUAGCUUGCAGGCUCGCAUCCAGCAGAAGGAGGAGACGAUCCACAAGUACCAGGAGCUGCUGAACCAGGCCCGAGAAGACAUGCAGGACAUGAACCGGCGCCACGAGCAGGAGCUGAAGGCCAUGCAGCAGAAGAUACACCUCAACACUGACGCCACCUUCCUCAAGUUCAAGGAGGCAGCUCAGCAGCUCAUGAGCAGACAUACCACAGCCAGGGGACCCACCAGCAAACAGCUGGCCCGCCUGACGGAGCUGGAGGACAUGGUUGCAGAGCAGGAGAACUCCAUCGCAGCACUCAGUGAGAAGAUGCACUACAAGGAGGAGGAGAUCAUCACACUGCGAGCCAAGCUGCAGCAGACGGACAGAAUGCACUGCACAGACAAGGAGAGAUACAGUGAGGAGAUCAAGGCUGAACUGUCCAAGAAGGACUCAGAGAUAGAUGACUACCGCCGCCAGCUCGGGGAACAGAGGAAGGAGAUGGACAUCCUGAAUGAGGAGAUCGCUGCACUGAAGGACACCAACUCCAGGGCUCCAACACAGACCAUGAAGAACCUGGUGGAGAGGCUGAAGAACCAGGUGGCGCUCAAGGAGAAACAGCAUCAGUCUCUGAGCAAGGCCCUGACAGACUUGAGAGCGGACAUGGUGACCCAGGCCCAGGACAACGUCCGAGCACAUGCAGAGGAUGCUGGCCAGGAGAAGAACAUACAGAGACUCAUAGACCAGCACACCAAGCAGAUGGGGGAGCAGAUCGAGGACCUCCAGCUGCAGGUCGAGAGACAGAAGAAGGAGAUCAAGAAGAGGAAGGAGAAUGAGCACACACUGCAGACAGACCUGGAGGACACGCGGGAAGAGUUCUCCCAGAAGGAACGGAACUGCAACAAGUACAAGCGAGACAAAGAGAGGCUGGAGCACGAGGUUGAUGAGCUGGAGAAGAAGGUGGAGAGGAUGAACACCAUGAGAACACAGAGAGCUGGAGAGUUUGAGAAGCAACAGGAGCUGGAUGAAUCUCGCCGUCGAGUUCGUCUGCUUGAGGAUGAAUUGAAGAAGCGCCAGACAGCAGAAAAGCCUUAUGAACAGAAAGAAGAUUGCACCAAGACGGAGGAAGUUUCUCGGUGGGGGGAGAGCAAGAAGUGGCAGAGGACAGUGGAGAAGAUGAAGGUGAAGAUCCGGGAGAAGGACACGGAGCUCGACAAGAUGAAGAAGGCCAAUGAGCUGUCCAGGGUAGCACUGGAGAGAGCUAACCGUGAGAAGGAGAGCAUAGAGGCCAGGUCCCGCGCCAUCGCCCGCACCACCGUGUCACAUGUGAGUGCAGCGCCCCCUGGCAAGGCCGGACAUGACACAGAGGAGUUGAAGAACAAGAACUACAUGCUGCAGGAGGAGGUGGCCAACCUCCGGCGCCAGCUGGUGAUGGACCGGGACACAUCCUACAAGGAGACCCAGCUCCGCAACCAACAGCUCAGUGAGCAGGUGGACCAGCUGGAGAGAGCCCUGGCACAUUGCUCCACGAGUGGCGGUGUGACGACCAUCGAGUACCAGAAGUUGUUUGAGAAGAACCAGGAUCUGCAGCGCCAGGUCCUGAAGCUGUCGGAGGAGAACAUCGAGCUCCGCUUUGAAGCAGAGCAGGCCCGGAAAGACCUGCCCAGGAUGAAGGACCGUAUCAAGGACCUGCAGCGGUACGCAGAUGCCCUGAAGAUGGAGAAUGCCCAGCUGAGUGGGGACACGGCCAGGUCCCUUGGGUCCUCCAACACCAGCAUCAGGAGGAUUGGUGAGAGUGGCAAGAGUUCGCGAGAACUUGAAAAGACGAUCGCGCUGCUGAAGAGGGUUGUUGAGAGACUCCAGAUGGAGAAUGAGCAGCUGAAGAGGGCUCCAGGCUACAGUGCCACGGACCAGGCGGCCAUGUUUAAACUGGAGAACGAGGCACUCAAGAAACAACUGGACGAGCUGCGUGAGACAAUGGGAGCCACGCUGAGUGACCGGUACACCACCCAGCAGAAGGGCACAGCCAGGCUGAUGAAUGACUAUGAGAAGAUGAGGAAGGAGUUGAUGAAGGAGAAGGAGACGUCAGAGAAGCUGCGCGUACAGCUGCGGUCAACGGAGCUGCAGUCUGACCACCACCACAAGGAACUGACCGACACUCGCACCAAGCUGGAGAUCGAGGAGGCCAAGCGCCCCAACGCCAUGUCCAGCGACACCAAGGGCUGGAAGUCGGCCGUCGUCACACGCAUGUAUGAGGAGAAGAUCAAGGGGCUAGAGCAGGAUCUGGAGAAGAAGAACAAGAUAGUGUCAGACACGAAGAAGCUGCUGAAGGAUGCCGCCGAGAGGGAGCAGGAGCUGAUCAGGCGCCAGGACGACCUGCAGAAGAAGAUCAUGGUGCUGGAGAGAUUCCCGGCCGGCAGCCAGGCUCACACUAGUGAUGCCAACCUGAUGAGGGAGUACCAGCAGGCCAGGUUGACCAUCGAUCAACUGGAGGAGCAGAAGAAAGAGCUGCUGAGUGAGGUGCGACGUAGACGACCUGCUGGCGGCAGCUCCACACAGCUUGAUGACGACAUCCUGACGAAGGCUGGUAACUACGAUCGUGUUCUACGGGAGAAUGUGGAAGUGACGAUGGAUCUCAAGUCUGUCAGGCUGGAACGGGACAAGUUGCGCCUGGAGGUCGAUAGGUUGAAGAAAGAACUUGAAAGCUUUGGUCCGGAGUUCUUUGAAGAGGUUGAAGAUCUGAAGUACAACUAUAAACAAGCCGUCCAGAAAAAUGUGCUAUAUGAAGAAAAGUUGCAACAAAUAUCUACUCAGUUUGGAAUCUCUGUCAAAGUGCCUGGCAUAUAGACUUGUGACCUACUGCCACUUCCAUAAUAACUACAUACCUCACUAUAAUGAAAGCUUGAAGCAGCACACAGUGUCACUAGCUACCUAUUGAUAAGUGGAACUCCACCUUAGUCAGCACUGCCAACAGGUGCCCCUUUUCAGGAGCUGUGCCUCCAAGGUUGUCUUGUCAAGAGAUUCUCUUAUAGUUAUCUUACAUCUGUAUUGAUAUCAACAGAGCGGAAUAUAAGGGCACUGUUAUUUCAGAAAGGGAAGUCCAUACAUAGAUAUUACUUUAUUGUAAGUAUAGCUGUUCUCAUAAAUUUAUUGUAUAUUUAGCUGAUGACUAAAAAAUGAAGUGCUACAUGUGUCAGAAAGCAGAAAUGAGACCUUUUGUUUUUUUACUGUUGCAGCGUUGUUUGAAGACAGUCAUAUCUUCUUUUCUAGCCUUACUGAAGUGAACCAAUAGAAAACAGGCUGACUGUUCAACGUGUCACUUAGUGACAGGAGUGUCUGUGUAUCAGUGUUGUGAGCAUCUCGACUGGCUUGAUAUCCAGACAAGCAUGUGAUGUGCCUCCAUCCAACUUCAUUCGUCAACUGCCUGUGAUAUCAUGAAUAUUGUGUUAAGAUGUCAUAUUGCCGUCCUUGUAUUGUAGAAAACAUUUACAUUAUUUAUUUGUUGACCUAUUUUUGUAUUAAAUAUAUAUGAACUGUA